AUGGAAAUACGUGAAAAAUUAGCGGAAUUCAAUCAGCUAUUUGAAAUUGAAAGUAAUAUUUUCAUCUAUAACAGCAGUGAUGUGGAUAUUAGCGAUUAUAUUAGCAAAGAAACGCCAGUGAUUUUGGUUAAUCGCUUAGAAAGUGACUUUAAAUUAAUUUAUAAAGUCAAUAAAAAUGCAUUAGUUGUUGUCUUACUAAGCGAGAGCAACAGGAAAGAAUUGCUGAGCGUAUUAAAUGAGUUUUUGACACGCUUGCGACAGCUAAAAGUGUUGCUUGUACUAUCCAAUACAAUGAGUGAUGUAGAAACACAACUGACGCUCUUCCAAUGGGCGUGGCAAUCGGGUUAUACGCGCAUAAUGAGUUUACAUGCAUCGCCUAGUGCUAAUGGUACUCAUAUUACGCUUACGAGUUACACACCUUUCCCGGAAUUGCAGUUGAUAACAGUGGAGCAGCCGGAGGACUACUUUCGUUAUACAUUACCACAUGAUUUCCAAGGUCAUCCCAUACGUACACCACUCGGACAAAAUCCACCCGGCGUCUUUCUUUACAAAGAUCGUAAUGGGCAAGAGCAGAUUACCGGCAUGGCAUACUCGUUAUUCGCGAACUUCAUUAAACUGCAUAAUGCGACGUUGCAGGAAGUCAUGCUACCCGCGCCUUAUCCCGAAAUUGUAGAACAUGAAAGAAUCAUUGAAGCUUUGGCGCGCGAUGAACUCGACAUUUCGGUGCAUUUUUACUUUGCAGACUACGAUAAAUGGCAUAUAACCGAUACACCGUUCUUAUGGCAACAAUUCUUUCGUGUGCCGCAUGCGAAACCACGUCCGGUGAGUGAUUGUGUACUGGCACCAUUCGAAAUCGAAGUUCGGUUGUUUAUAUUCGUUUACUUAUGUUGUGUGACCGUGGUUUUCACUUGCGGUAGUUUGGUAGCAAGUAAAAUAAGUUGGUUGAGACGGAAGACUCCGCCACAUCGAGUGAGUUCGACAUUCAUACGACUGCCACACAUUGCCAUACAAUAUCUCAGCGCCUUUAUCGAUCAUUUUCUGCACUUACUCGCAUUACUUUGCUUCAAUGCCAAUCGUCAUAAUCAAGGGCAUCACAACAAUUCCCGUCUAAUGUUAAUGUACAGAUUUCAUGCUAUACUCGCCUUCAUUUUAGUCAACAUUUAUAACACUCUCAUUGUUAGUUUCCUCACCACGGAAAUCUUUGAACCGCAAAUGAGUAGUGUAGCCGAUGUUAUAGCAUCGCCAUAUCAAAUACAAAUAGUCGAAAUGGAUCGACAUUACUUUCCGAACGAUACGCAAUUGUGUGAAAAGCUCGUGGUAACGAGUAGAGCGGAGUUUUUGCAACAGCUCAGCAAUCUCAAUGAUUCGGUGAUUUUGAUGACAACCGCGUGGACUCAUGCCUUCUAUGAAUUGCAAGAAUUGAAUUUAAAAGUGAAGCGUGUACAUUUGCUUACGUCGGAGAUUAUUUGGCAUGCAUUUUGUGGCAUGUUGAUGCCACUCAAUUCACCAUAUGUUGAGAUGUUAAGCAUUGAUCUGUUGCGCUCAUUCGAUGCGGGUCUAUUUUGGAAAGCUUAUCUGGAUGCGACGCUGCAUGCCAUCGAAGGUGGCAUACUGACAAUGCUGCCGGCUGAGAAAGAAAACUUUUUCGUUUUGAAUGUGGAAUACUUUCUUUGGGCAUGGUGCUUGUGCAUUGGUGGCUUGGUGCUGAGUAGUGUCGUAUUUCUUAUUGAGAUUUAUUCGUUCAAUUCGACUCGGUCAUAA